CCAGUCUUCCAAAGGCAGCCGCACUGGACACUCACAGGUAAAAGAGGAAUCUUAUACACAGAUACAGAGAAAGCAAACCAGGCCAAUCAUGGCUGCAUAACAUGAAGUUAUUGAGUUACAUGAGGGUUGCUUACAUAAGGCACACAAGGAAUAUUUAAUUUUAAAAUGUAUUGGAUGGGUUGCAGGAUCAUUUUACAAGACAUUCCUGUAAAACAUCUGUCAGCUGCCUUCAAACACAAGUGUGAAGGGAGGAAGUGGUCAAUGGAUGUCAAAAUGAAUGAAUGAAUGUAUGAAUUCCAGUGUUGCAAACUGAAUAGAUGUAUUAUGAAAAGUGAGCCACUGCAUUACAUAUCGAAAUAUGAGAUGAUCAGAUAGGAUCUUAUGGCAAAGGGUUAAUACAAAGCCUGGCAUAUGAAUUAUACUGUAUAGUGCAUGUUCAUGUGCUCUGCCACUAACAAGGAAUCUUGCACAGCAAUAGGUCAUACUUGGGGAAACUCCAGUCACACAUUUUAGUAUGUAUAGUUUUAAUGUCAUUAUAAGGUGAAAAUGCUAUACAUUAUUAUUUAUAUUAUUAUUCUUAUUACUACUACUACUACUACUAUUAUUAUUAUUAUUAUUAUUAUUAUUAUUAUUAUAUACACAGCUUACCCAGAAGCAAAAACUACAUUUCCCAUAUUUCUAUCACAUCAUUGAUAUACACUCUUCUGGUUCGUUUACCCAUAUGGUUGUUUGCUAAUUUAAUACUGCGAUAUAAAAAAUCGUCUUCUAAUUAUUUUUCCUUUUCUAUUUAUUAUUAUAAUUACAUCCUCAAGUCACUCAGAAGCAAGAACUACAUUUCCCAUAAUUUUCACACGUCAAUGCUAUGAGACACACAGCGAGUGAAACCCCUCCGCUUUCCGGUUCGUCUCUAAUUUAUUGCUGUUAUACCAAAUAUUAUUUCUAAUUCUUCUUCUUCUUCAUAAUCUUCUUAUUCUUGUUAUUUUUCUUGUUCUUCUUAUUAUUCUUCUACUUAUUAUUAUUAUUAUUAUUAUUAUUAUGUUAACGUUCUCAUGGGGAACUACAUUUCCCAUAAUUCCCUCGCACCAUUGCUAUGCGACGCUGCAGAACGUACACAGAGCGAGGCUGCUGAUUUUUUGGCUAAUAUAUUUAUUUACUAAUUUAAUGUAAACCCUUAAAGCCUCGGAUGUGGGUCAUACUGAAACUCGGACCUUCUGUAACGAUGACUACGGAGCGCUAGACGUGAAAUUGGACAAAAAACGAAAACAAGCGUGAGGAAACGAAAAGACUAAGCUAAGCUAACACAUAAACACUGGGGAGAGCGGAGGCUGUGAAAGCGCCGUUAAAGCCGUGAACGUCUCCCGCCCGCUGGUCAUGACUUCGGAAGACCACAGCAUGUCUUUCCUGCAGUACGAGCUGGCCUCCACCAUCGAGCAGGCGGUGCGCUGUGCUGUUGAGACGGUGCUCCGGGAAACGGCGCGGGUGGUGAGCGCCAGGCUGACGGCGGCGCGGGACGCAGCGGCUGAGUCUCGCCGAGAGAACCGGAGCCUGCGGGAGAGACUGGAGGCGAGCGAGGGCGAGCUAAAGGCCGUGCGCUACUACGUGUCCGCCGCCGAGAAGAACAUUAAGCAGUGCCUUCUGCUCGACCAGAGACGGGCUGGAGCCGAGGACUCGUCUACGGCCACCUUCACCUCUUGUGAGGGCGGCCUCCUCCAGCUCCAGCGCGGCAGGUCUCUGAGGACCGCGGCGGCACGGAGUCACGGAGCUAAAGUCGUACCGAGUGUGGGGCUCUGUCUGCCCACAGUGCAGGGCGACUGGCCGCGGAGGAGAGUGAGGACAGCGGCGGGGAAGGAGGCCACAAGUUCACGACGACCAGUGGAGACGGAAUCAGUGAUGGAGAGAACAGGAGAAGUGGAGGAGUUUUACAUCACGGAGGAAGGUGUAGCUGAUAAAGAUUAUAAGGCCUCUGCCAGUGCAGUGCAGGAUUUUGGGAGAGUUCAGGAGGAGCAGCAAGUGGCAAGCUCAUCCUCAAAAGGCCUUGAUGACCCAUCUGAUGAUGGCAAGUUCGAGUUUGAGAUUGGCGGUCCUGUGGGUAAUAUUACAGAACUGGGUAUCAUUCAAGUGAUGGAUGGGAGCGAGGUCAAACGGAGCACUGUCAAAAUCGAAGAUGAACCUGAGUCACCGUCUGUAGAGCUUCCAUCAUCAGACCCAGCGGCAGGUUCCUCAUUGUUAUCGAUGGCCACCACACACACUCAGCCCCAAAUAAGUGAAGGUGAAGCCCUGCUUGGCUUGAUGCCACCCAUAGAGGGUGACAUCACCCUCACAAGUCCAGCAGAGGUCCAGAGGGACAGCGCUGACAAAGUGCACCGCUGUAACGUUUGUGGCCGUGGCUUCCGGCGCUUCUACUGCCUGAAGACGCACCAGCGCAUCCAUACAGGCGAGCGACCGUACCCAUGCCGCUACUGCGAGAAACGCUUUCGUCACCUGGACAGUCUGCAUAAGCACCAGCGCAUCCACACGGGCGAGAGGCCAUACCGCUGUGCGCUCUGUGGCUGCUGCUUCCGCGAGCUGGGCCAGCUCAAGAAGCACCGUCUUAAACACUCACCAACUGGCGGGGGAGCUAAUAUGGCCUCCACGGCCCCCCACCCCACCCUCUCUCUCCUACCAGCUGGAGCCUCUUAUGUCUGGCCACAUCUUAACUCCCAGUCCAUGGACUCUGUCUGAGCAUCAGAGCCUGAUGGAGAGAAAAGAACAAGUUUGUUACAAGAAGAGUGCCUGACAGCCAAGUUUGAAAAGACAUACUACUGCAACAGUAUAGAAGCAUUAAUAGUAUAAGGGAACAUGUACAUGAAUAUUUAAUGUUACAUUGUGAACAUCAGUUGACAGUCUGCAGAAAUGCCAUACAUAAUUACAGUACUGUGCAAAUGUCAGAGACCACUUUUCAUUUGUUUAAUUUCCAGUUAAAAUGGCCAUUAGAAAUAAGAUUCAAGACUUAAGAAAUAAGACCUGCAAUAGGAAGAGGAACAUGAGUAGUUGCUGCUUUCUGCUCAACAAUGUUGAUGCCAAAAUGCUGGUUAAUGCCUUCAUUUUCUCCUGCAUUGAUUAUUGCUACUCCCUUUUUGAAGGUCUCCUUGUUAAUUUGCUCAACCAGCUUCAGUUUAUUCAAAACUCAACAGGCAGAGUCCUCCCUUUACCAAACACACUGCACACAUCACUCCCACCCUCCAUCAGCUUCACUGGUUACCAGUAUCCUCCUGUAUCAAGUAUAAACUUCUCCUUCAUGGUGUCACCCCUACAUACCUUAGUGAGCUCCUUCAUCCAUACUGUCCCUCUUGCUUUCUCAGAUGUUCUGGGACUGGACUUCUUGCAGUCCCAUUCACGAGACUCUCGACUGUGGGCGACAGGUCUUUCAGUGCUACUGCUCCCAAACUUUGGAAUUCUCCACCACAAUCUCUUCGUGACUGCAGUAUCCUCUCGUCAUUUAAAGUUCAACUUAAAACCUUCCUGGUUUCUGCACACUAUGCUUCUUCUUCAAAAUGCUAGGUUUUUUCUUUCCCUCUCUUUGUGAAGUGUCGUGAGAGGUGCUAUAUAAAUUGAUAUUAUUAUUAUUAAUAGUAAUAAUAAUAAUAUAGGUAGAAAAUGCAGCCAAUUUGUAAGACUGAACUUUGGAAAAAAUAUCCUUGCAGAUUUCUUUGAAAAACUGAAAACAAGCCUGCUGAAAGAAUGAAAGAUGAAAUAAAGAUAAAGCAUAGAUAAUUACUUGGUAAAUUAAUGCUAAGUGCUUUUUCUUGACACUGAAAAAUGAAAAACUUAGGGGCUAUUUUGACUGGAAAUUAAAUAAAUCAAGGGUGGUCUCUGACUUUUGUACAGUACUGUACAUAUACAUAAAUACAAGUAAAAUAGGUCUGCUGUGUAGAGGGAAAGUGAGCGAUCUGUAUGGAUGAGGACAGGUGUUUUUUCAAUUGUGCACCAAACAGUUCAAAAUGGAGCAUCACCAUUAUGAAAAACAUAAAGUAUUUAAUCUAAACAUUUCUGAAUUAAUCUCUUCAUAAAAUGUACUGAUUGUUCAAUACAGCAGAAUGUCAGUUUAACUGCUCUGUGUCAAGUGUUAAGAGAUGCUUUUUCCCCACAUAAGCUGCACUGUGAGCUGCUGAACUUUUGUCGCUGGUCUGAUUUUGUUUGCCACAGAAAAUGUGUAACUGAUAUGAAAAUAUUAAAGUGCUGUUGACAACUAC